GCCACAAAUAGAAAAAAUGAACAGUCCGGCAGUUGUACUUGUUCGGUUCAGUGCGUACGUAGUAGCGCUGUGGCAAUUGAAAGCAGCGGUGGUGUCGGCGGAAAUUUUUUCCAGAGAUUCGUGAUAAUCGACUACGAAAGAUCAUGUCGUGGCAAUUUCGAAGAAGCUUUUUACUACUAAUCCAGGUGAUUCACUUGAUGGACUUUGGCCGUGGUACGCCAACGGUUCGGGUGAAUUUGGAAGCGAAUCGCAUUUCGCAAAACAAUGACUCGGAAUAUGUGGCGGGCAUAAUGCGUUUGGCCAAAUCGGCAGAGAUGCGAAAUUUUAUGAAAACGGAUGAAGAUGUUUGUGAAAAUUUCUAUGAAUAUGCCUGUGGGAAUUGGCCGCGUCUAAAUCCGGCCGAGUCAACGGCCAGUAGGAAAACGUCAAUAUUUGAUUUGCUUGAAAUGACCUACAAACAGAGACAGCUGAAUCUUUUAAUGGAGGAUUGGGAGAAUGAAGAGACGGAUGAGGAAGAUGAGGAGGAGAUGGAGGGAAGGCAUCCCGGAGAUGCUAUCAAUGCAGAGGCUGUGAAGAAGGUGAAAGACUUUUACAAAUCCUGUCGCAAAAUGAGCAUGGUAAAGAAACCCCAAGUGGUAAUGGAAAUGCGUAAAAUAAUUGACGAAUUGGGAGUCAUGCCAGCCUUACUGGGUCCUGGCGAGGAAUGGGAAGGAGAAAAGGAUUUCAAUUGUUUCAAACUGUUGGGCUCCAUUCAACACAGAUAUGGUUUUGACAUUAUCAUACAAUUGGGUUUAAGGCCAGAUUUUGAUAACAGCUCCCAGCACACUUUGUUUGUGGGCCAACCGGCCUUGAAGCUGCGCACCAAAAGCGUUUAUCAGGGUUUGGCCACCCAGCGUAUAAGAGAGCAAUACCAAGAGGGAAUAGAGAGUAAUUUAAAAGAUUUUCUCGAUGUACCGGCGGAGAGGGCCCACCUGGUGGCCAAGGGAAUUUUGGAAUUUGAAAUCCAAUUAUCCGAGGGACUCAUGGAUUUUCACACCGACACCACCCUGAGAGCUGCCUCCAUUAAAAGGACACCUGAGGAACUGGAGUCACUAUAUGGAGAAGAUAUGAAUUUUCUACUAUUUUUGGAAACCAUUUUGGGUUACCCUUUAAAUGUCACGUGCUAUGAAUAUAGCCCAAAAUAUCAUGAGGUUCUACGCCAGGUUUUACAGCGCACCCCCAAGGCUCAGGUGGCCAAUUAUAUUAUGUAUCAACUGGUGGAGCCGUUCUUUAUGGCAUAUGAUCGCUCCUUCUUGGCGCUGGAGGAAAUGUGUCUGGAGAAGACGAAAAAGUUCUAUCAUCAUGUUUUGGAUUACAUGGUCUACAGGAGUUACAACACCGCCCUGAUGCAGCAUGACAUUUUGACAAUUUGGCGUGAGGUCAAACAAACAUUCCGUCAGCAAAUGGACACGACACGCAUGGACUGGUUGAGUGCAGAUUCACGUAAAUUGGCUCUGGAGAAAUUGGACAAGCUGCAGCUGCACAUUAAUUCCUAUGAAAAACGGAAUUUUUCCGAGGAAUAUAAACUGCUGCGCAUUGAUGAGGGCAACUACAUUGAAAAUCUCAAGGAUAUGAAUAAUUUGCGUGUCAUAAAGUUUCUCGAGCAAUUGAGUCAGUCGGGAAAACUGGAAAUGCCCACACAUCAAUUGGGCUAUUCACCGGCUUUUAUUAACUCGGAAAAUCUCAUCAUUAUACCCGUGGCUCUGCUGCAACCAAAUUAUCUGUGGUCCAGCCAUUAUCCACAGGCCCUGAAAUUCGGUACCCUGGGUUUCCUUUUGGCCCAUGAGUUACUGCAUGGUUUUGAUGACAUUGGCACCACACCACCACAUAAGACGGGCACCAAUAACACCAGCACCUGGUGGGAUGAGGCCUCCUUUAAGGCGUUUAAACACAAAAAGUCAUGUUUUAAAAAUCAAUAUGCCCACUUCCGUUAUAAUGGCAAAUAUUUACCCAUGUCCGAUAUGCAAUCGGAAAACAUAGCCGAUAAUGGGGCCAUCCAAAUAGCAUAUAAAUCCUAUAUACGCUGGCUGAAUCAGCAGACGCUGGAGUCGCUGGAUGAGCUGUUGCCCAACAUGAAAUUCAACAACAAGAAAUUAUUUUUCCUCAGCUUUGCCCAAUUCUUUUGCGUUGAUGUCGAUGAGGUAAUGAAGGAUAAGGUGUCGUUACUCGAUGUCCAUGCUCCGGCAAAAUAUCGAGUGGUGGGGCCUUUGGCAAAUUUCGCAGAAUUUGCCAAGGUAUUUAAAUGUGCACAAGGCUCCACCAUGAAUCCCCUGAAACGCUGUGAAAUUUACUAACUUUGUUUUUUGUUUUUUUUUAAUCAGCCAAGUACCUUAGAAAUCGGAUUAACAUUCUAUGAAUAAUUUUAAUUAAUUUUUUAUAUUGUUUUGUAAGUUAAUAAGAAAAUACCAAAUCACACAAUAUAUAUGUUUUUAUGUUUUAAUAAAUGUCG